CAAAAUAAAAUGUAAUAAAAUAAUUAGGGGUUAACAGAGAAGGAAAGAAAGGAAGCUGAAGGUUCCUGUCAAAUGGUAGAAACGAAGAAAUAAAAGAGGAGCCGUGAACAAAAAUAAAAAAGUAAAAAUCCUAUCUUUCUCUCCGAUCGACGAUUUCUGACCGUUGGAUCUGGAAAUGGACGGCCAAAGCGCGUCUUCCAGAAGGCGCAGCUUCUCCGUUGGCGGGAGGAAGAAGGCACCGGAGGCCGGCGGCGCACCGCGGAGGGCCUCCUUGGCUCUUCCCCGUCCCCACAGGACUCUGAAUAGUGAGAGAACUGUAAAGAGGUUGCGGUUGUCUAAAGCCUUAACAAUGCCUGAAGGUACAACUGUUCAAGAAGCAUGCCGCAGAAUGGCUGCUCGAAAAGUUGAUGCUGUGCUGCUGACAGAUUCAAAUGGUUUGCUCUCUGGAAUCCUGACAGAUAAGGAUAUAUCAACAAGAGUCAUUGCUCGUGAAGUAAAGAUUGAGGAAACUCCUGUUUCUAAAGUUAUGACUAGGAGUCCUGUUUUUGUGCUUUCAGACACAUUAGCUGUGGAGGCAUUGCAGAAGAUGGUGCAAGGAAAGUUCAGACAUUUACCUGUUGUGGAGAAUGGUGAGGUCAUUGCUUUACUUGACAUAGCCAAGUGUCUCUAUGAUGCCAUUGCACGAAUGGAGAGGGCAGCAGAGAAGGGAAAGGCCAUUGCAGCUGCAGUCGAAGGGGUAGAAAAGCAGUGGGGAGCAUCAGUAUCUGGUCCUAAUACUUUUAUUGAAACACUUCGAGAUCGCAUGUUCAAGCCAGCCUUGUCAACCAUUAUCUCAGAGAAUUCAAAGGUUGUGUUAGUGUCACCUUCUGACACAGUCUUAGCUGCAACGAAGAAGAUGCUUGAACUGAAAAUAAGUUCAGCAGUUGUAACAGUUGAAAACAAACCUCAGGGGAUACUUACUUCAAAAGAUAUAUUAAUGCGUGUGGUUGCACAAAAUCUUCCUCCGGAAUCAACCCCUGUGGAAAAGGUCAUGACCCCAAAUCCUGAAUGUGCGGCUGUUGAUACACCAAUUGUUGAUGCUCUACAUACUAUGCAUGAUGGAAAAUUUCUACACCUCCCCGUUGUCGAUGGAGAUGGGAACAUUGUCUCAGUUAUUGAUGUUAUUCACAUUACCCACGCUGCAAUAGCUACAGUGGGAAGCAGUGGAGGGCUUGGAGUGGAGGCAACUGGCUCAAUGAUGCAGAGGUUUUGGGAUACUGCUAUGGCCAUAGAGCCUCUUGAUACUGAUGAUGAUACUCGAAGUGAAGGAUCCUUGAAGUUCGCACCAGAAUCAGAGACAGGGAGGUCUGCUUUUUAUCCAUCUUCCAGCUUAAGCUCAACCUUUGGCUUUAAGAUACAGGAUAGAAAGGGAAGAAUGCAUAGAUUUAACUGUGAAACUCACAGCUUAGCAGACCUUAUAGCUUGCAUCCUCCAAAGGGUUGGUGAUGACAUUGAUAAGAACAAUGUGCCACAAAUUUUGUAUGAAGAUGAGGAUCACGACAAGGUUGUACUAGCAUCAGACAGUGAUCUUGCUGCAGCCGUCGACCACGCAAGACUCAUUGGCUGGAAGGGCUUAAGACUGCAUCUAGAGUAUCCAAAUUCAGGCAGUGGUCGGAAGAAGAAAAGUGGUUCGGGUCUCGACUAUGCUCACAAAGAUACAUGGGCCUCUGCAUACAGCAGCGUCGCUGCUGGAGCCGCACUUGUUGCUGGGCUUGGCGUUAUGGCUUACUUGAGGAGAUCUGGUUAGUACCAUAGAAAGUGCAAUUGAACUCCCAAAAGUUUCUUCGGUAGGUUGAGAAACUCCGCACAAAAAUACAAGAGAAGGGAAAAAAGGAAUUCUCAUACCUGAUUUGUUUGGUAACCACAUUGUGUAGAUCUCAGAAUUGGUGCUCUACACAAGGCUUUUUAUUUUUUUUAUCUUUCAUUACUUGAAUAAGCAAUUUCUAUAUUGACUCUACUCGUGAGCGUUAUAAAUCAUGUGGAUUUGACUUUUAUACAUAUGAUACCGGAGGCUGAUAGUAUUCUUCAGCUCCAAAUCACAUAUUCAUCAAUAAAACACAAAAAUAAUGUAUGGUUGCGACAUAUAAAGUUCAUACAUGAUUUGGGAAUGAUUCACUCUUAUGUUUUGAAGACGUUUGUAAUCAAGAGCGAACAUGUCUUUCGAAUCUUGUUCUGUAUUUUGAAAAUUUUUCCAAGUUUGAAGGAAA